CGCGGUGGGGGACGUGGAGGAUUCCAGCAGCGUGAUUUUGGUCCUCCAGCUACAGUCGUCGAAAUGGGGACAUUCAUGCAUGCUGUAGAGGAUGAAAUGUUGUGCUCCUCUCUCAUAUCAGACAGAGUACCCUACUUCAACGCCCCCAUUUACCUCCAAAACAAAUCUGUGAUUGGCAAAGUUGACGAGAUCCUUGGCCCUAUCAAUGAAGUUUAUUUCUCAGUCAAAAUGGGAGAAGGUAUGGUUGCAAGCAGCUUCAAGAAAGGGGAUACAGUAUAUAUCGGAGGUGAUAAAUUGCUACCCAUUGAGCGAUUCCUCCCAAAACCAAAAGUUGCAGGU